AUGAACCCGUCGACGUCUAGCGGUUUGGUGGCCGCUCGCAGUCUCGCGGGUGCAAAAGUUUUGAAAAAUUUCAACGCGCAAAACCAAAGCACGAUGUUGACUACAUUAAUUCAAUAUUCAUCGACUAGUUUCGCUUUCGCCGUUUCGUUGAUAACGGGGAUCGUGGUGGUGAUAACAACCGUGACGAAUGGAGUCGACCUUGGAGGCUUGGAAAAUCCGAGUGGCCAGGAGAGCAGCUGCUGUCACAGAGUAUACUAA